GCGGUAGUAAUAAUAAUAAGUCUCCUUUUUCAAGCACCAAAAUAUCAAUAUCAAUAUCAAUAUCAAUUUCAUCAAAAGAAUCUAAAAACUUUUUUAGCCUACUAAAAGUGGAAAGCCAAAAAAGGGAUGUCAUCGGAGAAAUUCAAAGCAGCCAAUGACUUGCCGGAAACUGAUAUCUCCGGCUUCAAUUUCAAGGAAACUGAGCUCACCCUCGGCUUACCCGGGGAAUCGCGAAAGCAAAUCUCCGGCACAAAACGUGGAAUCUCCGACGCUAUGGAAUUAAGCCUAGGGAGUUCUAACUCUGAAGAUUAUCACUCUAAAAAUGAAAUCUCUACUGGAACCAAACCUCCAGCAAAGGCACAAGUAGUGGGAUGGCCACCUGUGAGAUCAUACAGGAAAAACAUGAUAGACAAGGGCAAGUAUGUGAAAGUGGCAGUAGAUGGAGCUCCUUACUUGAGAAAAGUAGAUUUGGAGUUGUACGACAGUUACCAGAAGAUGUUAAAUGCUCUACAAAACAUGUUUACUUGCCUAACUAUCUGUAAUUUUCAAAGCGAAAGCAAGCUUAUGGACAUUACAAAUGGUGUGGAAUAUGUACCAACCUAUGAAGAUAAAGAUGGAGACCGGAUGCUUGUUGGAGAUGUUCCUUGGAAAAUGUUUGUUGAUACUUGUAAGAGAAUCAGGUUGAUGAAGAGCUCGGAAGCCAUUGGAUUAGCUCCGAGGACACCCGUGAAAUGCUCGAGUACAAGCUAAACAAAGAAACUUUUCUCAUCUUUAGCCCGACGAUAACUGCAUGUACAGAUUUUCGAGGAAAAUAGGACAAGUAAUGCACGGAUGUUAGGCAAUUACUUAAAUAUUUUUUUUUUUACUAUAUAUCGACGGUCGACCCUUCCCCUUUCGAGAGAAGAUGAUUAUUUUCAUUAUUACUGUAUUUGUGCGUCUAAUUAUAUAUAGUAGUACUACUUUAUGUUGUCACAAUUGUAGAUCUUAUCAUAGAAUAAAGCCACGGGAAAAGAAAAGAAAAAAAAGAGAAAAAGAAACUAGGCCGGGUCAAGGCAGGCCAUAUUGACAGCACUACUGCCUCGUUAACUUUUGGAUUAAGUCAUUGCUCUAUACAUUUUUUUGUAUUCACAGUAAAUCAUAUAUUGCGCUACAAUAUUUUUGAAAUAAAAAGUUGCUUUCUCCUGUA